AGUGCAGCUAUAUAAAGAACAUAUACAUAAUUACUGGGCAGUUACAUUCAAGCUACAGUGAAUACAUUUUAACCUAAGUGAAAGUAAUCAUGGCAUCGAAUAAAAUUGUGCGAAGAAUAAUAUCAUCUUCGUUGGCCCCAAAACCUGUUGGCCCAUACAACCAAGCAGUACUUGCAGACCGUACUUUAUAUUUAUCUGGAGUGCUUGGUAUGGAUCCUAAAAGUCAAAAACUCGUUGAAGGAGGUGCUGUCGCUGAAGCGCGUCAAGCUCUCACGAAUAUGGGACAUAUUUUGAAAGAAGCUGGAUCUGAUUAUAACAAAGUUGUUAAAACCACGAUUCUGUUAAACAAUAUCAACGAUUUUUCUGGUAUAAACGAAGUUUAUAAAGAAUUUUUUAAGGAAAAUUUCCCAGCCCGAUCAACAUAUCAAGUUGGAAAAUUACCUAUGGGAGCUCUGAUCGAAAUUGAAGCUAUUGCUGUUACCGGCGAGGUAGAAACGAUUUCAAUGUUAUAAGUCACGAUUAUUGUGUGUAUAUUUGAAUGUACAUAUAAAAAGUACUGCAUUAAAUACGUAUUUUU